AUGGUUAUGAGCUUUAGGGUGUCGGAAUUACAAGUCCUCCUGGGCUUUGCUGGAAGGAACAAGAGCGGAAGGAAGCACGAGCUCCUCGCGAAGGCGUUACAGCUGCUGAAACCCGGCUGCAGCCCGGCCGUCCAGAUGAAAAUUAAAGAGCUCUACCGGCGGAGGUUCCCGAGGAAGAUCUUAACCCCUUCGGACCUGUCGAUGCUCCACGUUCAGGCGGGGCAGCUGCCCUCGGCCGCCGCCCUGACGCCGGGCGCCGUCUUACACCAGGCCCCCCCGGCGGUGCCGGCGGCUCUGCUGCCGCCGGCGCCUCUCCUGGGACCCAAGCACGAGACGGACGUUCCGCGCUUGCCGCCCCCCGUCCACCCCGUCCACCCGGACGUCAAGAUGAAGAGGCUGCCCUUCUACGACGUUUACGACGAGUUGAUAAAACCCACCACCUUAGCCUCAACGAACGGCCAGCGGUUUGAAGAAGCUCACUUCACCUUUGCUCUAACCCCCCAGCAAGUCCAACAGAUCCUCACCUCCCGAGACGUCUUACCAGGUGCCAAAUGUGACUACGCUGUACAGGUGCAAUUAAGGUUUUGCUUGUGUGAAACCAGCUGUCCCCAAGAAGAUUACUUCCCUCCUAAUUUAUUUGUCAAGGUCAAUGGAAAACUCUGUCCCCUGCCUGGUUAUCUCCCGCCCACAAAAAACGGCGCAGAGCCCAAACGGCCCAGCCGCCCCGUCAACAUCACUCCGCUGGCACGGCUUUCGGCGACCGUCCCGAACACCGUCGUGGUGAACUGGUCCUCGGAGUUUGGCAGGAACUACUCUCUGUCGGUGUACCUGGUGAAGCAGCUGACCUCGGUGACGCUGCUGCAGAAGCUAAGAGCCAAGGGCAUCCGAAAUCCGGACCACUCGCGAGCCCUGAUCAAAGAAAAACUAACAGCUGAUCCCGACAGUGAGAUAGCUACAACCAGCUUACGAGUUUCCCUGAUGUGUCCACUGGGUAAGAUGAGGCUGAUCGUGCCCUGCCGAGCCAUCACCUGCACCCACCUCCAGUGCUUCGACGCGGCGCUCUAUCUGCAAAUGAACGAGAAGAAACCCACGUGGACUUGUCCUGUGUGCGAUAAGAAAGCCCCGUACGACAACCUGAUAAUCGACGGGUGAGCCGAGCG